AUGUGCAACACCAUCUUAAAGAAACUGAUCCCCCCCAUACCAUCGAUAGGUCAGGUGAAAAAGGCCCUUAAUGCAUUAAAGGCAAAGGAGGCGAUUGGCAUUGAUGGAAUCCCUGCGUGGUUCCUGAAGCAGUAUAGUGAAGACUUAGCUCCCGUAGCACAUAACAUCACCACGAGUAGUAUAAUUCAAUGUAAAUACCCCACCUUGUACAAACAAGCUCUAAUAACCCCUGUGCUUAAAAUUACUCCACCAAAAAAUAUUGAAACUGAUUUUCGUCAAAUUUCUUUGCUUCCACAGUUAGCUAAAGUGCUGGAAAAGAUUCAAUUGCAACUAAAUUGUGCAGAUCUCACAUUAAAAGAUAACCAACAUGCAUUUCUCAAGGGCCGUUCUACAAUCUCAGCAUUGAUUGAAAUUUCACAAAAAUGGUUAGAUGAAACUGAAAACACUGCGCAUGGCAGAAAAGGUAUCCAUGCUAUUUUCAUUGACUUUAGCAAAGCGUUUGAUAUGGUGGACCACCGAAUUCUCCUUUCUAAAUUGGCCUCUAUGAACUUAACUAAAUAUUUUUGUUUCGUUCCCCGCAGGAACGAAACGGUACUGUAUUUGGUUUCGACCAAUGUCACAGGAAAGUGACGUCAGAUAUCAAAGUUAUCCAAUCCUUUGCCAGUAUUCUUGCUGAAACGUCAAUUACAUUUAGAAUCGUCCAAUGAGAUGACCGCUCCUAGCAUAAGAAGUUUUUUGGAGGCGUGGCGUAUAAUUGGGAAUCUUAGUUAAUUAUAUGUCAACUUGUCAAGCGAAGUUCUAUCCGCUUUGUGUGACGACGUGGUGUCCUAGAUUUUAGCCAGAAUAAAAGGCUCUUGCUUGGCCUUAAUUCAUCUAAGCCUGGCCCUUACUCUUGAAUUUAGUCUUUUUGGGACCGCGGGAACAGUUUGACCAAGCUAAGAAUAAAUACGGGGGGGGGGACAUGCUGCGCUUGGCCAAAUACUUCAUGCGAAAAAUUAAAAACGAAGAAAUAUGUAUACCGUAAUUACUCGAAUAAACGCCUCCCUCGAAUUAACGCCGCAGGGACAAGCAAAAAUUAAACGCCGCCCUUGAAUAAACGCCGCAUUAUUUCUCAUCGAUGCGGCGUUUAUUCGAAGCAUUCAUAACAUAUGAACUUUAUUCUUAGUUUUUUGGGUUAAGUGUUGAAGUUGAGUUUUAAUUAAACAAUAAAUGCACACUUGUUGUUACAAAAUUUGCAAUAAACGCCGCCCUCGAAUAAACGCCGCACCUUGAGCGCAAAAAAUUUAAUAAACGCCGCGACGUUUAUUCGAGUAAUUACGGUAUAUUAAUUAUAGGCAUAUAAUUAUAUAAUUGCACUCUCGUUUCCGUAUGCUCUUGUAAUAUAUAAAUAGGAACUCCGUAACAUGUUUACAACUUCUAGGCUGCUUUCGUUAUCUAAAUUUGGAAAUGGCGUAGAUAUCUAUGGGCGUGACACGUAUUGGUAUUAAAAAUAGUAGCGUAAAUGUGACUCUGAUGUAAUCUUUCUACUGUCAAUCAUUUUUAAAUCAACCUAUCAAACGGACAAGAAUGACGAAUUGCAAUGUUAACUCCAAAACUAAGUUUAGGACAUCAUUUGGCCCUGUGAUCUAGGAGUGGACGGAGUGAGAAGAUAUGCGAUUUUAAUGUUUCAAAAUUAAUAAUGAGUUUAUUUACAAAUUAACCAAGAAAAUCGUGUCGUAACGUUUUUGUCCCAUAAACAGAACUUUACAAAAUAUAUAAACUGUUCUAUUAUCUUGCCGAAGGGGUUUCAUCUUGAUUUAAAGUCAUCAUGUUGUUUUAUUGACAAAUAUACACUGACGCCAUUUUGAAUCUCAUGAAUCUCAUAGGAGGUUAGAGUUAGGGAUGGGGAUUGGGCGAGGUUUCGUGAUUGCGUGACAUGAAAACAUAACUUGAAUCUCGACUUUCCCCACAUAUUCUUUUUGCUAUUUUACGACAUGGCAGCAUUAACAAAAGGCGACAAAGUCAUUAGCCAAUGAGAUUGCUUAUCGCAGGUGGGUAUCAAAUCUAGCAGGUGAGUAUAUCAAAUCAUCGCGGAAGGCUAGCGCUGUCGACCAAUAAAAAGGGUUUUUGAAGCUCAUUUAUGGGAUAAUGAAAAUUACUAAAACGUGCAAAAAAUUACCAAAGCCCGCCCGCCUCGCAAAAUGGCCCGAUUUCAUUGCUCGUCAUAUACAAGUGAUCUAUGGUGACAACCGCUAAUUACAGACGUCUAGUAUUUCUAUAAUUAUAUUGGAACGAAACAUUAUUUCUUUUUUUAAAGAAAUAUUUUCUUGUUGGCUGCGGAUUCGAGAUUUCCUAUCCAUGAGAAGUCAACAGGUAAAGCUACUUCAAAUGUUGUCAUCAUCCGCUCCAUGCCCAACUGGAGUUCCGCAAGGCUCUGUCAUCUCUCCUAUGCUAUUUAAUGAUCUAGAGGAUGAAAUCCCUGCAAACCUAACCGUCAAUACCUAACUGUCGAUACCUAUACAUAUAAAUCGAUGAUCUAGAGGAUGAAAUCCCUGCAAACCUAACGGUCGAUACCUCGAAGUAUGCCGAUGACUGCACACUCGAUCAAGCAGUUAGAGCUGGGGAAAUAAGCCAUGUCAAACAGGCUCUAGACAUUAUCCAAAAUUGGUCAGUGUCGAACAAAAUGACUAUCAACAUAAAAUAA